AUGGCUGCCUCAAACAUCAACUCCCCAUCGCCUUUGUUGCAAACUCAUGUCCCUCUUGUACCGACCAUCAUCCCGCCUUUAUCAAAAAAUAGCCCAAGUCAGCAAGCCCUACAAGCAAUUGCCAUCCCACUUAACAUCAGCAAGGAAGAAACCAUCAUGUCGGGCAAACGACCAGGCGGCUUCAUACCCCCACACAUCCUCACCAACAUCGCCAAGAACGAGAACAACCCCGCAUCAGAGCGCGACGCUGCGCAGAGCACUUUGGACAAGGAUAAGGCGAGGGCGGAGGACCGCGAUAAGGGCAGGGAUCAAGAUGGUUACAGUGGCCCAGACAGUCGGGAUGGAGACACUCAGCAGCAGCAGCACCAGGGCCAAAAAUAA